AUGCAUCUCAAUGGCCACUCAAACGACAAUGGCCGCGUUCACGCCCAUUCGUCAGACGAACCCCUCGAUCUCCUCUGCAUCGGAUUCGGUCCGGCAUCCCUCGCCAUAGCCAUCGCUCUCCACGACACCGAAAAUACUAUCACGCCUUCCCCAAGCGCUCUCUUCCUCGAAAAGCAACCUCAAUUUGCCUGGCACGCAGGAAUGCAGCUCCCUGGCGCGAAAAUGCAAAUCUCAUUCCUGAAAGACCUCGCAACGCCCCGGGACCCUCGAUCAAAGUUCACGUUCAUCAACUAUCUCUUCGAAAAAAGGAGGCUGAACCAGUUUAUCAAUCUGAGCACUUUCCUCCCUACGAGGGUGGAGUAUGAGGACUAUCUCCGCUGGUGCGCGAGUCAUUUUGAGGAGGAGGGGAAGGUAGUUUAUGGAAUGGAGGUUGACUCCGUGCGGCCUGGCUCCAAAAAUGCUGCAGGGAAAGUCACAAACUGGGAAGUCACAGCCCGCGACACUGCAACUGGCAACUCAGUAACUCGUCGCGCUCGACAUGUCGUGAUAGCAGUCGGUGGCCGCCCCUUCGUGCCACAGAAUAUGCAAGGCCUGAAACAUCUUGCUCAUUCCUCUCAAUUCGCGUCCACCAUCACAUCUAUCCAGAAACGAGAGGAAGGGCGGAAGCUCAGGUUUGCUGUAAUCGGCAGUGGGCAGAGCGCGGCGGAGAUAUUCAAUGAUCUCUGGGAGAGAUUUCCUGAUGCGGAUGUGAAGUUGGUGAUUAAAGGGGCUAGUUUGAGGCCGAGUGAUGAUAGUCCUUUUGUGAACAAGAUCUUCGACCCCGACCGUGUAGACGCUAUCUACACCCAACCUCCCUCCGAGAGAGCAGCCGCCAUUGCCCUCGAUCGAGGGACGAACUACGGCGUCGUCAGACUAGAGCUUCUAGAACACUUGUAUCAGAAACAGUACAUGCAGCGUCUUGAAAGCCCCGACGAGACUACGUGGAGGUGUCGAAUUAUUCCAAAUCGGACGGUGCUUUCUGCUUCUCAAUCCGUGAACUCGGGCGUUGUGCUACGUCUAGGCGAUGCAGACGAGACGAAGCGGGGAGCAGAGGAGGAAGUGGAAGUUGACUACGUCUUCACCGCUACAGGGUAUGUGAGGAAUGCACAUGAGAACAUCCUCUCUGAAGUCCGGCACCUUCUCCCAGAGGAUCUACGGAAAGAAGGGAAAUUUAAUGUUGCACGGAAUUAUAGAGUGAAGCUGGAUGUAGGGGAGGUUGAUGGAGGCGCGGGGGUAUGGUUGCAGGGGUGUAAUGAAGGGACGCAUGGCUUGAGUGAUACUUUAUUGUCGAUUCUGGCGGUUAGAGGGGGUGAACUGGUUAACAGUAUUUUUGGUGAGGUUAGUGGUGAGGUUGUGUGUGAGGGGCUGAGCUCGCCUGCUUAG